AAUGUUGGUGAAUGACAUUUGGUGAUAUCAUUAGACGUUAAAACUUUUACACAUUGGUCAUCAUGUAGUAGUUUAAAUUUAAGAAAUAUAUUGAAGAUAUAAUAUUACUCGUAUUAUUAAUUUGUAUUCCCAAUAUGACCAUAUAAAUGGUUCUCUGUAUGUAUUGUGAUUUGUGAGAGAGACAACACGAGAUCCCCUGAAAAGUGAAAACCAAACAAACCAAAGCUUCAAGAAAAUCAUGAACGUAGAUGAAGAAAUUGAGCAACUCAAAGAAGAAAUCAAACGACUUGGCCACAAACAAAACGAUGGAUCUUACAAGGUGACAUUUGGCAUGCUGUUCAACGAUGACAGAUGUGCAAACAUCUUCGAGGCGCUUGUAGGGACACUAAGAGCAGCCAAAAAACGUAAAAUUGUGACAUAUGAUGGAGAGUUACUACUACAAGGUGUUCAUGAUAAUGUUGAGAUAAUACUAAAAGAAGCAGAAGCAUGAUUCAUCAUCCAUAAUCACAAAGUCUACAUUUUUCAUGUUUUACUUUUCUUGUAUGUUAGACCAAAACUCCCCCAAUGUCUAUGAUACAAGAUGCUAUAACUUACGGGAUGUUUACAAUUACUUUGAAUUCAUUGGGG